GGAAGUAAUCUUAGUAUUGCAAGUAACCCUGAUUCAGAAGUAGCCAAAGUCUCUGCUACAACUGAUAAUGGAGAGGUAAGACGUUCGGUACACUUCGGAGAUCGCCUUCUAGAUGACCUCAUGAACACCUUCUGUGAUCGUCUCCAGGCAGCUUGUCCUCGGAAAAUAGACGGAUGUCUUGCUAUUCAAUUUGUAAUGGUGAUUGCAUCCUUCAUAGAUGAUGAGAUCACCGCUAUAGUUUGCACCAAAUUCUCAGGAUAUGUGUUUGAACCGCAAUCGUUGAAAACGCUCGUGAAUGUUGGCCGACCAGCUCAUCAAAUUAUAUUCGAUCCCGAUAGAGUCCAUUAUGUUGUAGUCGACUAUGACCCUCAGACAAAAAUUGUCGUACUUUAUGAUUCAUUGGUUGAAAAGGAUUCGAACGCUACUCACCUGGUAAGAAGAGCAGUCAUGAGACAAAGUGUAAAGAUACCGUUCAAAUCAGAAUUCAACAGUUACAUCUCAGCCGUUGUCUGGUCCUUAACAAUAGGAUGGGUUAUUAUAAUGGAUAAGGCCUUCAGCAUCAAACGAUCAGGGAUGCGCCUCGCAUUCGAUCUCCAUUCACAAUAG